AUGGCACUAUUACAAAAAACGUUAUUGUCCAGAUUGUUCCUGGCUUUGGACGUGAACGGCGACGGUCACGUCGACUUCAAGGAGCUGUGCUGCGGAAUUUCGGCGGCGUGUCGCGGCCCGACGGCCGAACGCAUCAAAUUCUGCUUCAAGAUAUUCGACUUGGACCAAGACGGCUACUUGAACAUGAAGGAGCUACAAAACAUGGUCGAUAUCCUCACGUUCGUCGCCAAGGAGCACUCGCCCAAGCCGCACCAGAUCAAUCUGAUCGAGAAGUCGCCGAAGGCGCCGCUGGCCACUCACGAUUGCGACGACAACUGCGAGGAUUUCUACUGGAAGGUGAUCGAUAAUUUGAAAAAGCGCUUAACGGCGGACGGAUCCUUGAGCCAGGAGGACUUCCUAAUUUGGGGGAUCGACGAUAAUAAUUUAAUUACGCCUUUACUUCAGCUGCUGUUCGAGGUCUGCCACGUUUCUUUGGGUUUGAAGCCGCUCUGUCGACAUCACGAGUACGAAAUUGUGAUGGGUUGGUUGACGAGAGAGGAGUUGCGCGGUUACCGUGUCGGGCAAUUUUGGUAUUUGAUUUCGACCGAGUGGUGGCAAAGCUGGAUCAGCUACACGACGGCGUCGCGAACGAGCUACGACCAAUGCGCCUGUCGAUUGGAGCAGCGAUUGCCGAUCGAAGAGGGGAUCGUGUGCGACGAAAGUUUCACGAGCAAUAGUACCGAUUACAUAUCGUCACAUUCCAAUGAGUUUACCUCGAACAGUACCGACUCGAUGGGCGACUUGUUGAGUAAAGGUGACACGUGCAGCAUAGCGUCCAGUUCCGGCGUGUCGAGCAGUUCGAGUAGCGGAUCGAAGCGGAAUCAGGGCGGGCCGGGGCCGAUCGAUAACACUUGCUUAGUGACCGAGUCAUUUUUGAAGGUGGCUACGUUAACGGGGGAAGGGGGGCGUCUCAAACGUGAUCGGCCGCUAGUCCAACAUCGCGAUUUUAUUCUGGUACCUGAUUCGCUUUGGAAAGCUUUAGCACUGUGGUACGGGGGCCCCCUACCUCUGCCUCGUCAAGUUAUCCGACCCACGGCCAGUAUUGAGGUCGAACUGGAACUUUAUCCACUAAAUUUAGGCAUUUUACGUCAUCAAACCCCGACGGGUAACUCAUCCGGGACCUGGACGAGCGUCGUAGGCGGUUACGGGGCGGCCGCUCUCAACACUGCCGGUAUUACCUCUCCGGUUGGCUCGCCGAGGCGGUACUUGGCGCACACCGCCGCCUUCAGUCGUCUCGCGAACGUGCGACAGGUGAUCGAGUUUCUCUCGCUGCGGCUAGGUUUACGAAUCGAAGAUGUCCGCCUCUGGCAUGUCAGAGAUAACACCAUACUCUUGGAGGACGAAGUCGCCACCCUCCAGGAUUUGGGCAUACAAGACGGCGAUCAGUUGCUAUUGGAAGUUCGCAACAAGGACCUCACUUGGCCGGAGGAGUUGGGCGCGCUCGUCUCGGGCGUCACGAAUAAUCAGGGACUGAUUAGCAUGGACAGGCGGCCCACCAUUUGCCUACCACCGGGUGCGACCGGACUACACAAUUUAGGUAAUACGUGCUUCAUGAAUGCGGCCCUUCAAGCAGUAUCCAAUACUCGACCGUUAACACAGUAUUUUCAACGUGAUAUGCAGCUUUGCGAGCUAAACUCGACGAAUCCUCUCGGUACACGAGGCCAAGUUGCGCGAAGGUACGCCGAGCUUUGCCGCGAACUGUGGACUGGCUCGACCAGAAGCGUUGCGCCGCUCAAGCUGCGCUGGUGCGUUACGAAACACGCGCCCCAUCUCGGCGGCGGUGGUCAGCACGACUCCCAAGAGCUACUCGCGUGGCUGCUCGACGCCCUGCACGAGGAUUUAAAUCGCGUCGCGCGCAAACAGUACACCGAACUGCGCGACUCCGACGGUCGGCCGGACAUGAUCGUCGCCGAGGAGGCGUGGCAACAGCAUCUCGCCCGAGACCACUCGAUCAUAACCGACCUCUUCUACGGCCAGCUGAAGAGUAAGGUGACCUGUCAAACUUGCGGUCACGAGUCGGUGCGUUUCGACGCGUUCAACUUGCUCAGCCUGCCGCUGCCGAUGGAGAGCUUCAUUCUGUGCGAGGUGAUCGUUAUCUACCUGAGCGGCGAAACGCCGAUCAAGUACGGCCUACGCCUCAACUCGGAGGCGAAAUAUUCCGAGUUAAAGUCGCAACUGCACGACCUCUGCAACAUUCCGCCGAGCCAGCUCCUAUUGGCGGAGGUCUCGCACUCGCAAAUUCAGGACGUACUGGCCGACGACGCCAAGAUUAACAUCUCGACCGCGACCGAGCUCUACGCUUACGAGUUGCCGAGCGGCGAGCUUCCCGUCGCCUUUAACAGACUUUGCGCUGGAGAUGACGAUGACAACGUGCAGAGCAUGCUGGCCCGAAGUCCAGAGACAAGUAACAAUGACUCUAAUGUCCCCGAGUUUCACGUGAAAAGGCCCUCGCUACCGAUAGCGACGACAGUUCAGAGUAAAGUUCCGACGUACCUCAUCGCGCUGCAUCGCAAGUGCGUGCGACAGGAGACCUACUUCCUGUCGCAGCACAAGUCGAAGCCGAUACUCUUCGGCAUUCCGCUGCUGUUGGGCUGCGGCAGUUUGAGUACGUGUCAAAGCUUGUACGAGGCGGUUUGGGGUCAGGUGACCCGUCUGCUCAGCCCGCUGCCGCAGAGCGAUCAGACUAACCACGCCACCGAUUGUGAUGAUUCGCUCGGAUACGAGUUUCCCUUCACGCUGAAGGCAGUAAUGCAGGGCGGCCAACUGUGCGCGCUGUGUCACUGGUCCCAGUUUUGUCGCGGUUGCACUCUGCCGUGCAGCGAAGACUUACUGUUUAAAGUCUGCCAACCGGGACCGAUUCCGAUGUGGAUUGCGAUCGACUGGGACCCCACCGCUUUACAUUUGCGCUACCAAAGUAGCCGAGAGAAAAUCUUCUUGGAACAUGAGACGAUUUCCACCUGUCGGAAGCAGCACACCGAACCGAUCGAUCUCGACUACUGCCUUAAAGCGUUCACUUCGGAGGAACGGCUCGAAGCGAAAUACCACUGUUCCAAGUGCCAAGACAAGCAACCCGCCACGAAAAAGCUUCAAAUAUGGCGGUUACCCCCAAUUCUGAUCGUUCAUUUAAAGCGUUUCGACUAUGUUAAUAACAAGUGGGUGAAAACGCAAAAAGUGGUGAAUUUCCCGUUUAAGGACUUCGACCCGACGGGGUACCUAGCGUCGGUUCCACAGGAGACGAUCUUGCGACACAAGCAGCUAGAACAAAAGGCGGAGACAUCCGGCGUGAUCGAGGAAAACGACGAGCACCUACACGGCGGCGGCGAGGACUCGAGCAUGUGCAACGAACGCAGUCGACUCGUUGCGCACGAAUCCGGCGCGAAGUCGAGCAAGGACAAGGCGCGCGAACGGUUGGUUUCGACGAGCCUGCAACGUUCGCCCGUAGUCGACGAGGAUCUGCACGAUUUUCACGAGCACAAGCUGCUGGACGGACAGAACCGUUUCGAUUUGAAGUACCAGCUUUAUGCCGUUGUGAGCCACUCAGGAUUGCUAAACGGCGGCCAUUACAUUUCCUACGCCUGCAAUCCGAACGGUCACUGGUACUGUUACAACGACAGCUCGUGCCGGGAAGUGCCUACGGACAGUUCGACCGAACCACCUCCUCCGGUGGAGACAAACAACAACAAUAACGAGUACAAAUACUGUAGUAAAAGUGCGAACGUAACGCCGCUGAUAACGCGGAAGACGUUUAACGUAAGUGAAAGUGACAAUAUCAGUUUGAGCGGGAGUGAGGUGGAGAUGCAGGUCGACGAGACGGAACCGCCGACGGUUAAGUGCGCCUACAGCAAGACGAGGGCGCCGAAAAUAGAGACCAGUAAUGCGUACAUCCUGUUCUACGAGCGUUCCGGCCUCGACUACAAACCGUACCUGCCCGAGAUCGCCGGUAACGGCGAGAGUUUGCCCGAAGUCGAGCUGGAGGAGAGCGAAUCGGAGCUCAGGAAACAGUUGUGUUUAAUACAGUAAACAUUGCCAUUAUUAUUAUUAUUUUAGUUUUAGUAUUAAGUUUGGUGAUAUCUACAAUAUUAUUGUUUCAGAUCUUUAUUAAUUAUUUAUUGUUGUGUUUUUGCGCCGAGAGAUGCAUUUAAGACGAGUUUACGGAGAAGGACUUUGGGUUUAGGUGUAUACGAAGACCUCAUUUUGUAUGUUUCUAUUGCAAUAAUUUAAUCGGAGACAGAGAAAGAGAGAGUGUUUAGUUGUAGGUCUAAUUUUUAAUAUGGAAACCAAAGAUGGGGGGCAGUUAAAUGCGUUAGAUUCUCUGAGAGUGUCAUUAGUUGUAAAAUGUCUUGCUUUGUUUGUAUGAUGUGGAGCGAGACGAAAGACUGCAUGUAAUUCCAUAAUUUGUUAAAUCAUAUUCUGCUGCUACUGCUGUCGUGGUGCCAUUUCAAUCAUUAAACGCUUGUCUAUAA